UUUUUACCUAGUUACUGAACAUCUCUUUCUUUUGUAAUAUGUGUAGAGCUGUUGCCUACAUUCCUCUUACAGUUCUGGCUGUUCCUGCCUCUGUUCUUACGAUCGGUGGCGGCUACCUCUUUGGACUACCAAUUGGUUUUGUGGGGGACUCGGUCGGGGCCACGCUUGGCUCUGGAGCAGCAUUUCUUCUAGGCCGUACGAUUGGAAAACCUUUUGUAGUUGCAAAGUUGAAGGACUAUCCUCAGUUUCAGUCGGUGGCUCUCGCUAUUGAGAAAUCCGGUUUCAAGAUAUGCUUGUUGCUCCGGCUUGCUCCACUUCUCCCCUUCAGCAUGUUGAACUACCUCUUAUCUGUAACUCCAAUCACGCUGGGACCAUACUUGCUUUCUUCUUGGUUAGGGAUGAUGCCAAUAACGCUUGCGUUAGUGUACGUUGGAACUACUCUAAAAGACCUUUCUGAUGCGACUCACAAGUGGAGUGAACUAUCUUUCGGUCACUGGGCAUCCUUGAUUCUGAGCCUUGUAGUAUCCG